GUGAGGACUUUGAGGUGGUGCAGCAGGAGAUCAUCAUGAUGAAGGACUGCAAACACUCCAACAUCGUGGCCUACUUCGGUAGCUAUCUCAGGUAAGACUGACAUACUGAUAGAUCAGGUAUGGAUAGACAAUACAUCUCUCUGUAGUUGGACUAAAAUAAUACAGCUAUUUCAGGUUGCUAUGCCAGAAAUGGACUAUGUUGUAAUUUUCGGUGGAGCAAAUUUUCAAGUACAGCUAAAACGUCCAUCUUUGGUCUAAUCGAGUCCUGUUGUCUGACCUGAUGCUGUGAGUAGGGCUGGGCGAUAUGGCCUAAAACUCCUAUCUCUAUUUUCAAACUUAUGGGCGAUUCACGAUAUGUAUCUCCAUUAUUAUUAUUUUUUAAUGAUUUCUCUAAAUCAGCUUUGUUGUACAAUUAAAGGUCAAAUACACUGCAUUUAAAACAGGUCAGCAAUAAUCUAAUGAAUUCAGAGUUUGUGAAAUUAUACCUAGGCUGAAUAUAUGCCUUCCACAAACAUAAGACCCACAGAUAAUGUAAUUAUUUUAUCAAAAUAGUUGUACAUGCUUUUUUUGCAAUAAUCACUGAUCUGGCUUUCAGGUCUGUCUAUAAAAAUGACCUUUUUGUUACAAAUUUAACCAGAACCAUGCAUAAUGCACAUUCACUAAUAAUGUACCAGGCAUUAUAGAAAAUGAACACGGGUCUCAUAAGCAAUCUCUCAAGCACAAGCCCACGUGCUAGUGAGUAGCCAGCUAAUAUUUAUAUUUAAAGUUUAGCCAACUUAGAUCUAGGUAUAAUUUCACAAGCUCUGAAUUCAGCUAACAAGGCAAACCAGUUGAAUUGUUAUGAACACAACCUCAUCUUUGUUGUUGUGAGUGGGAGGAGCUUGGGAGAAGGAGGCGAAGCGAGAGGUUUCACUCUCGCAAAAAUCGGUCCAAAAUAUGCCCAAUGCGUUUCUAUGGGCUUAUUUUGGACCUAAGCGUGUCGCCUGCCUUCCCAGCUUUGGGACAACGACUCCCAUUGUUAGGGCGGAGACAUGAGCAUCUUGUCAUCAUAUUCAGAUCUCUGGUGUCAAUGGGAAGGUGCACGGCACAGAAGGAGCAAACGAGACGAGACCAAAAAGACAACAUGAGAACAAGAGGACAUAAACGCUCAUAAAAAAACGAAAAAUACAAAAAAACUUGAUUAUGCGAUACAGGCAUUUGGAAUAUCGCGCAAAAACAUACAUUCUAAUUAAUCGAAUUAAUUUGAUAUUUCGUCCAGCCCUAGCUGUGAGUCUUGCAUUCCCUGUCUUGUGGUCUGUUGAGGGAUAUUGACAGUGAGUGUAUCACUUCCCUUCUCCAGGAGAGAUAAAUUAUGGAUCAGCAUGGAGUACUGCGGAGGAGGAUCUCUGCAGGAUAUUUAUCAUGGUAGGAUACACACACAGUCUCUCAAGCACACACACAUUCCCACACUCACAAACUUGCUGUGUUUUCAUCUAAAAACAGACCAUGAAGCACAAUAAAUGAAAGCUUGUUGCAAUCAAUAUCCACUCUUUUCACUCUCCCACUUAAGCCAUCAUAGCCAGCUAGCCAGAACAGUAAAUAACACUCUAAGUGAAACAACUGGUGUUAAACUCUAAAUUAUGUAUGAAAUGCUUGAGAUACAUUGGAUUGCUCUUAAACUCUGCCCUCAUCUCUUCCUCCCUCCUCUCCCUCCUGUCCAGUGACUGGGCCUCUGUCUGAGUCUCAGAUUGCGUAUAUGUCACGGGAAACCCUUCAGGUGUGUUUUUUUCCUUGCUGCCAGUGCCAUGUGAAUCUAUGGGUCAGAUCGAAUAAGAAUGUGUUUGUGAUUUGUUUAUUUCCUUACUUACAGGGUUUGUACUAUCUCCACAACAAAGGCAAAAUGCACAGAGACAUUAAGGUAAGGCCAUGUCAAUGAUAGUAAUAAGCUUUUAAGUAGAGAUGAUUUCCUUUCACUCCUUACUCAUCUUUACAAAAUAUCUCUGAAAUGUUGAUGUUAAUUUUUGCCUGACCCUAUUACCUUUCCUCAUAGGGAGCAAAUAUUCUAUUGACAGACAACGGCUAUGUGAAAUUAGGUAAGGCCAUGGACAACCACUACUUUCCCCUCAACCAGAGUUCCCAAAGCCUCACCUUGACUAUCUAUUAGAAUGAGAUCUCACAAUACUUCUUAUUUUUUGCUCAUUUUCCUUCUCUCCCUCUCGCUCCUUAGCGGACUUUGGUGUAUCAGCACAGAUCACUGCCACGCUGGCUAAGAGGAAGUCCUUCAUUGGAACACCAUACUGGUGAGCUUCUCCCCUGGUUCCUCCCCUCAGUGUCAUACUCUGGAUAGGCUCUGACAUAAUGUUAUGGUUUAUUGACUUAUUGAUCUAAGGAUGUAACAGACCAUUCAUAUUGCUUUGGACAGUGUUAUGAUGGUAAUUUAUUGACUUGAAUGAUUGUUGGUCUAUGACUGAUGUUAUCUCCGAGUGGCGCAGUGUUCUAAGGCACUGCAUCGCAGUGCUAGCUGGGCCACUAGAGAUCCUGGUUCGAAUCCAGGCUCUGUUGUAGCCGGCCUUGACCGGGAGACCAAUGGGGUGGCGCACAAUUGGCCCAGCGUCGUCCAGGGUAGGGGAGGGAAUGGCCGGCAGGGAUGUAGCUCAGUUGGUAGAGCAUGGCGUUUGCAACGCCAGGGUUGUGGGUUCGAUUCCCACGGGGGGCCAGUAUGAAAAAUAGAAAAAAUAAUGUAUGCACUCACUUAACUGUAAGUCACUCUGGAUAAGAGCGUCUGCUAAAUGACUAAAAUGUAAAUGUAAAAAUGUUAAGUACUCUGUUUUUUCCUUUUGUCUCUCUCGCCUCGCUCCCUCCCUCCUCUCAUCCUAUCAGGAUGGCUCCAGAGGUGGCAGCCGUGGAGAGGAAGGGGGGCUACAACCAGCUGUGUGAUAUCUGGGCCGUGGGCAUCACAGCUAUCGAGCUGGCUGAGCUGCAGCCUCCCAUGUUUGACCUGCACCCCAUGAGGUGAGUCUGUGCAGGGGGAUGUGUGAAUGAAGCCUUGUGACUGUGAUGCUGGAUAUUUAUUUAAGCAAAAAUGCACGAGGCGGUGUGGUAUAUGGCCAAUAUACCACGGCUAAGGGCUGUUCUUAGCUGUUCUAAGGGAUGGAUACAGCCCUUAGCCAUGGUACACUGCUCAAAAAAAUAAAGGGAACACUAAAAUAACACAUCCUAGAUCUGAAUGAAUGAAAUAAUCUUAUUAAAUACUUUUUUCUUUACAUAGUUGAAUGUGCUGACAACAAAAUCACACAAAAAUUAUCAAUGGAAAUCAAAUGUAUCAACCCAUGGAGGUCUGGAUUUGGAGUCACCCUCAAAAUUAAAGUGGAAAACCACACUACAGGCUGAUCCAACUUUGAUGUAAUGUCCUUAAAACAUGUCAAAAUGAGGCUCAGUAGUGUGUGUGGCCUCCACGUGUCUGUAUGACCUCCCUACAACGCCUGGGCAUGCUCCUGAUGAGGUGGCGGAUGGUCUCCUGAGGGAUCUCCUCCCAGACCUGGACUAAAGCAUCCGCCAACUCCUAGACAGUCUGUGGUGCAACGUGGCGUUGGUGGAUGGAGCGAGACAUGAUGUCCCAGAUGUGCUCAAUUGGAUUCAGGUCUGGGGAACGGGCGGGCCAGUCCAUAGCAUCAAUGCCUUCCUCUUGCAGAAACUGCUGACACACUCCAGCCACAUGAGGUCUAGCAUUGUCUUGCAUUAGGAGGAACCCAGGGCCAACCGCACCAGCAUAUGGUCUCACAAGGGGUCUGAGGAUCUCAUCUCGGUACCUAAUGGCAGUCAGGCUACCUCUGGCGAGCACAUGGAGGGCUGUGCGGCCCCCCAAAGAAAUGCCACCCCACACCAUGACUGACCCACCGCCAAACCGGUCAUGCUGGAGGAUGUUGCAGGCAGCAGAACGUUCUCCACGGCGUCUCCAGACUCUGUCACAUGUGCUCAGUGUGAACCUGCUUUCAUCUGUGAAGAGCACAGGGCGCCAGUGGCGAAUUUGCCAAUCUUGGUGUUCUCUGGCAAAUGCCAAACGUCCUGCACGGUGUUGGGCUGUAAGCAAAACCCCCACCUGUGGACGUCGGGCCCUCAUACCACCCUCAUGGAGUCUGUUUCUGACCGUUUGAGCAGACACAUGCACAUUUGUGGCCUGCUGGAGGUCAUUUUGCAGGGCUCUGGCAGUGCUCCUCCUGCUCCUCCUUGCACAAAGGCGGAGGUAGCAGUCCUGCUGCUGGGUUGUUGCCCUCCUACGGCCUCCUCCACGUCUCCUGAUGUACUGGCCUGUCUCCUGGUAGCGCCUCCAUGCUCUGGACACUAUGCUGACAGACACAGCAAACCUUCUUGCCACAGCUCGCAUUGAUGUGCCAUCCUGGAGGAGCUGCACUACCUGAGCCACUUGUGUGGGUUGUAGACUCCAUCUCAUGCUACCACUAGAGUGAAAGCACCGCCAGCAUUCAAAAGUGACCAAAACAUCAGCCAGGAAGCAUAGGAACUGAGAAGUGGUCUGUGGUCACCACCUGCAAAACCAGUCCUUUAUUGGGGGUGUCUUGCUAAUUGCCUAUAAUUUCCACCUGUUGUCUAUUCCAUUUGCACAACAGCAUGUGACAUUUAUUGUCAAUCAGUGUUGCUUCCUAAGUGGACAGUUUGAUUUCACAGAAGUGUGAUUGACUUGGAGUUACAUUGUGUUGUUUAAGUGUUCCCUUUAUUUUUUUGAGCAGUGUAUAUUGGCCAUAUAGGUGCCUUAUUGCUGUUAUGAACUGUUUACCAACGUACUUAGAACAGUAAAAAUAAAUGUUUCGUCAUACCCAGGGCUCGAAGCACCCAGUUUAUAAUGUACUUUGUUCUAGAAACUAAGUCUGUUUUCUUUCUUCCCAGGGCCCUUUUCUUGAUGACAAAGAGUAAUUUCCAGCCGCCCAAAUUGAAAGACAAAGUGAAAUGGUAAGGGUUCACUUCUCCUCUGUGACUAGUGAGGAAAGUGUUUAAUUCUCAGUUUAACCAUUUUCUAUUCAUAUUAUAAACAUAAAUGCUCUAACAUGUAUCUAUCUUUUCUAUCUCUUCCUAUGAAAGGGGAAAUAAUUUCCAUCAUUUUGUCAAAUUGUCCCUGACGAAAAAUCCCAAGAAGAGGCCAACAGCAGAGAAACUAUUACAGGUACUCCCAGUCUAGAGGGAAACACUAGAAAUGAGUCUCUGUCAAGAAAACAUGUUCAUCUGCCAAUCAUUGAUUAGCAGUUCAGAGCAGUGGAAAUGUAAUGGCAAUCCUGUAGGCCAGGGUUCUUCAAUCCUGGUCCUGGAGGGCCGAGACACCUCUGUUUUUCAUCCUCUCCUUCUAAUCAGGGGCUAAUUCAGACCUGGGACACCAGGUGAGUGCAAUUAACUACCAGGUAGAAAUAAAAAACAGAAGUGUUUCGGCCCUCCAGGACCAGGAUUGAAGAACCCUGCUGUAGGCUGUGACCUCGCGUCCCCUUCCUGUGUCCACAGCACCCGUUUGUGUCACAGCCUCUCAGUCGAACCCUGGCCAUCGAGCUGCUGGACAAAUCCAACAACCCAGACCACACCACAUACAACGACUUUGACGAUGACGACCCAGAACCAGAGGUAGAGUCACCCCCCACCCUAACCUACAACUCCAACCUCUAUAUCUCUUCAGGUUUCUCAAAUCUAAUAGCAGGAUGAAGACUGACACCUGUCCUCAUUGCUCUCGACGCAUUCAGUUCGUACAAUCAUGCUGAUCUCUUAACUAUCAGAGUUCUACAUCUUUCCUCUCUCGUUCCUCCCUCCUCCAUUACCCCUCUCUCUGCUCUUCUUCCUCCUCUUCCUCAGUUUAAAUAUAGAGGCCACUUCCUUCCCAUCAGCCCUGGUGCUCGGCGAGCACCUCACUUUGCCAUGCGCAAGAAGGUACCAGUGUGGCCUACAUUAGAACUGCACCAGUAUCACCGUGAUCAGUACCUGUAGUAACAGAGAACUAACUAACACUGGUCUGUGUGUGCUCAGAUAGACUGGACUGGGUCUUGUCAUUGAACCCCGCUUAUGGAGUUGCUGUUACUUCAUUUGUUAAAUGUAUCUGCAUGUGGGAUUUUGAAGUGUUUUGGGUGUGUUUUAGGCAUGAGUAGGGACACAGUUAAACUGUGAGAAUAAGUUAAGAUGAAAAAAAAUGUGUUUGUUUGUUACAUGCAUAUCUUCUAUUAUGUAUGUACAUUAAUUUGUUAAAGCUAAUGCUAACAAGCUUGUGAUUUGUCUAGCUAGGCCAAGGGUGUGUGUAGUGCAUAAACAUACAUAUAGAAACUAGAGCUUGUUUGGUAUGCCGAGGUGAGGUCAAACUGAGGUGACAAAUGGUGGCACACCACUCUUCUUUUCACCUCAUUUGACACGAGAUGUACUUAACAAAAGGCACAUCUCAAUAGGUGGUCCAGGUAUGCCAUGACAUGGCACAAGUGGGGGGUGGGCCUUUCCUCUUUUGUUCUCUAUUGCUCCUCUAUUGUUCAUCAAGCAAGGGGGAGGCUGAUGACAUCACGACUUCCCAACAAGCCAACUCCUUGAAUGCCCUACUCCUUGAAAUUUGCAGUUGUCUAAAAAACACUAUUUUGCACUUAUUCUUAUUUACCCUUUAGUGUGUGUAAUUUACUUUAUUUGCACUUGGGAUAUCGCUUUUCAACAGGAAAGGUUAAAAAAAAUCACUGAAGGAUGUCUUUAAGUACAGUGGGGAAAAAAAGUAUUUAGUCAGCCACCAAUUGUGCAAGUUCUCCCACUUAAAAAGAUGAGAGAGGCCUGUAAUUUUCAUCAUAGGUACACGUCAACUAUGACAGACAAAAUGAGAUUUUUUUUCCCAGGAAAUCACAUUGUAGGAUUUUUAAUGAAUUUAUUUGCAAAUUAUGGUGGAAAAUAAGUAUUUGGUCACCUACAAACAAGCAAGAUUUCUGGCUCUCACAGACCUGUAACUUCUUCUUUAAGAGGCUCCUCUGUCCUCCACUCGUUACCUGUAUUAAUGGCACCUGUUUGAACUUGUUAUCAGUAUAAAAGACACCUGUCCACAACCUCAAACAGUCACACUCCAAACUCCACUAUGGCCAAGACCAAAGAGCUGUCAAAGGACACCAGAAACAAAAUUGUAGACCUGCACCAGGUUGGGAAGACUGAAUCUGCAAUAGGUAAGCAGCUUGGUUUGAAGAAAUCAACUGUGGGAGCAAUUAUUAGGAAAUGGAAGACAUACAAGACCACUGAUAAUCUCCCUCGAUCUGGGGCUCCACGCAAGAUCUCACCCCGUGGGGUCAAAAUGAUCACAAGAACGGUGAGCAAAAAUCCCAGAACCACACGGGGGGACCUAGUGAAUGACCUGCAGAGAGCUGGGACCAAAGUAACAAAGCCUACCAUCAGUAACACACUACGCCGCCAGGGACUCAAAUCCUGCAGUGCCAGACGUGUCCCCCUGCUUAAGCCAGUACAUGUCCAGGCCCGUCUGAAGUUUGCUAGGGUGCAUUUGGAUGAUCCAGAAGAGGAUUGGGAGAAUGUCAUAUGGUCAGAUGAAACCAAAAUAGAACUUUUUGGUAAAAACUCAACUCGUCGUGUUUGGAGGACAAAGAAUGCUGAGUUGCAUCCAAAGAACACCAUACCUACUGUGAAGCAUGGGGGUGGAAACAUCAUGCUUUGGGGCUGUUUUUCUGCAAAGGGACCAGGACGACUGAUCCGUGUAAAGGAAAGAAUGAAUGGGGCCAUGUAUCGUGAGAUUUUGAGUGAAAACCUCCUUCCAUCAGCAAGGGCAUUGAAGAUGAAACGUGGCUGGGUCUUUCAGCAUGACAAUGAUCCCAAACACACCGCCCGGGCAACGAAGGAGUGGCUUCGUAAGAAGCAUUUCAAGGUCCUGGAGUGGCCUAGCCAGUCUCCAGAUCUCAACCCCAUAGAAAAUCUUUGGAGGGAGUUGAAAGUCCGUGUUGCCCAGCGACAGCCCCAAAACAUCACUGCUCUAGAGGAGAUCUGCAUGGAGGAAUGGGCCAAAAUACCAGCAACAGUGUGUGAAAACCUUGUGAAGACUUACAGAAAACGUUUGACCUGUGUCAUUGCCAACAAAGGGUAUAUAACAAAGUAUUGAGAAACUUUUGUUAUUGACCAAAUACUUAUUUUCCACCAUAAUUUGCAAAUAAAUUCAUAAAAAAUCCUACAAUGUGAUUUUCUUGAUUUGUUUUCCUCAUUUUGUCUGUCAUAGUUGACGUGUACCUAUGAUGAAAAUUACAGGCCUCUCUCAUCUUUUUAAGUGGGAGAACUUGCACAAUUGGUGGCUGACUAAAUACUUUUUCCCCCCACUGUAUGUAGUAUGUAAAUGUCUAUGUGUUUGGUCUCAGAAGAAGACUGGUAAUCUGCAUUUGUUGUUGUUGCUAAGACAUCGCUUGCUGCUUUGCGUUGCCAUGGUUUAAUUGCCUGUUUUCAAUGUGGUCUGUCUUUGUUGUGUUCUGUUGCUGCCGUGGAGGUUGUUGUGACUGUCUGGGUCAUUGUUCUCAUUUUCCCUGACUCAUACACUAUAUAUACAAAAGUAUGUGCACAUCCCUUCAAAUUAGUGGGUUCGGCUAUUUCAACCAAACCCGCUGCUGACAGGUGUAUAAAAUUGAGUACACCGCCAUGCAAUCUCCAUAGACAAACAUUGGCAAUAGAAUGGCCUUACUGAAGAGCUCAGUGACUUUCAACGUGGCACCGUCAUAGGAUGCGUGGUCCUCUGUAGCUCAGCUGGUAGAGCACGGCGCUUGUAACGCCGAGGUAGUGGGUUCGAUCCCCGGGACCACCCAUACACAAAAAAUGUAUGCACGCAUGACUGUAAGUCGCUUUGGAUAAAAGCGUCUGCUAAAUGGUAUAUUAUUAUUUAUUAUUAUGCCACCUUUCCAACAAGUCAGUUCGUCACAUUUCUGCCCUGCUAGAGCUGCCCCGGUCAACUGUAAGUGCUGUUAUUGUGAAGUGGAAAUGGCUAGGAGCAACAACGGCUCAGCCGCGAAGUGGUAGGCCACACAAGCUCACAGAACCGGACCGCCGAGUGCUGAAGCGCGUAAAAAUCGUCUGUCCUCGGUUGCAACACUCACUACCGAGUUCCAAACUGCCUCUGGAAGCAAUGUCAGCACAAUAACGGUUUGUCGAGAGCUUAAUGAGAUGGGUUUGCAUGGCCGAGCAGCCGCAUACAAGCCUAAAAUCGGUGUGGAAGAACUUCAACAACUUUGGAAAGCUGACUGCGAGCCAGGCCUAAUCGCCCAACAUCAGUGCCCAACCUCACUAUUGCUCUCGUGGCUGAAUGGAAGCAAGUCCCCGCAGCAAUGUUCCAACAUCUAGUGGAAAGCCUUCCCAGAAGAGUGGAGGCUGUUAUAGCAGCAAAGGGGGGACCAACUCCAUAUUAAUACCCAUGAUUUUGGAAUGAGAUGUUCGACGAGCUGGUUUCCACAUACUUUUGGUCAUGUAGUGUAGGUCAGAGGUCAGAACGGGUUAAGUCCCUUCUCACCCUAAAAAACAGAUUGGGUUUGAGACUCCUGUAGAUUAUGAAAACAUACAGUGUAUUCAGAAAGUAUUCAGACCCCUUCCCCAGCCUUAUACAAAAAUAAUAAUAAUCCUCAUCAAUCUACACACAAUACCCCACAAUAACAGAGCGAAAACAGGUUUUUAGAAUGUUUUUGUACUUUAUUAAACAUUUAAAACAGAUACUUUAUUUACACAAGUAUUCAGACCCUUUGCUAUGCGACUUGAAAUUGAGCUCAGGUGCAUCAUGUUUCCAUUGAUCAUCCUUGAGAUGUUUCUACAACUUGAUUGGAGUCCACCUGUGGUAAAUUCGAUUGAUUGGACAUGAUUUGGAAAGGCACACCUGUCUAUAUAAGGUCCCACAGUUGACAGUGCAUGUCAGAGCAAAAACCAAGUAAUGAGGAAUUGUCCGUAGUGUUCCGAGACAGGAUUGUGUCGAGGCACAGAUCUGGGGAAGGGUACCAAAACAUUUCUGUAGCAUUGAAGGUCCCCAAGAACACAGUAGCCUCCAUCUUUCUUAAAUGGAAGAAUUUUGGAACCACCAAGACGCUUCCUAGAGCUUGCUGCCCGGUCAAACUGAGCAAUUUUGGAAGAAGGGCCUUGGUCAGGGAGGUGAACAAGAACCCGAUUGUCACUCUGACAGAGCUCCAGAGUUUGUCUUUGGAGAUGGGAGAGCCUUCCAGAAGGACAACAAUCUCUGCAGCACUCCAACAAUCAGGCCUUUAUGGUAGAGUGGCCAGAUGGAAGCCACUCCUCAUUAAAAGGCAGAUGACAGCCCACUUGGAGUUUGCCAAAAGGCGCCUAAAGACUCAGACCAUGAGAAUCAAGAUUAUCUGGUCUGAUGAAACUAAGAUUGAACUCUUUGACCUGAAUACCAAGCUUCAUGUCUGGAGGAAACCUGGCACCAUCCCUACGGUGAAGCAUGGUGGUGGUGGCAGCAUCAUACUGUGGGGAUGUUUUUCAGCAGAAGGGACUGGGAGACUAGUCAGGAUUUGAGGGAAAGAUGAAUGGAGCAAAGUACAGAGAGACCCUUGAUGAAAACCUGCUCCAGAGCACUCAGGAUCUCAGACUGGGGUGAAGGUUCACCUUCCUACAGGACAACAACCCUAAGCACACAGCCAAGACAGCGCAGGAGUGGCUUUGGGACAAGUCUCUGAAUGUCCUUGAGUGGCCCAGCCAGAGCCCGGACUUGAACCCGAUUUAAAAUCUCUGGAGAGACCAGAAAAUAGCUGUGCAGCAACACUCCCCAUCCAACCUGACAGAGCUUGAGAGGAUCUUCAGAGAAGAAUGGGAGAAACUCCCCAAAGUAAAGGGCCUGAAUACUUAUGUAAAUGUGAUAUUUCCGUACAUUUUUAAUACAUUUGCAAAACAAAUCUAAAAAACUGUUUUUGCUUCAUCAUUAUGGGGUAUUGUGGGUAGAUUGAUGAGGGGGAAAAAACAAUUGAAUCAAUUUUAGAAUAAGGCUGUAACGUAACAAAAUGUGGAAAAAAAUUAAGGGGUCUGAAUAAUUUCCGAAUGCACUGUAUCAAAUAUAUAUUUUCGAGACAGGAAUAUCUAUUGGAUGAUCAGUACUCUCCUUUCCUCUCAAUGAGAGAUAUGUUUUUUGUUGUUUAUUUUACUAUGAAGCGAAGUUUGCACAGGAAUUAAUAAGACUACAGUUAUUGGACUGAGGGUUGCAUUAUGAGUGAGGGAAAGGUUAUUUGUGCGUGAUGAUGAUCUUGGCUGUUAAGGUUGUAUGUUUUGUUUUCUUCCUGACAGUCUCCAGUGUCUGUUCCCCAUCGGAUUCGCUCCACCAGCAGGAGCACCAGGGAAGGGAAGACGCUGUCUGAGAUCAACUGUAAGUUUCUAUAUGUGUGGCUAAGGGCUGUUUUCCCGGACCCAGAUUGAGCCUACUCCUGGACUACAAAUCAUGCUUAGUGGGGAAUCAUCAGGACACACACACACACACACACACACUCCCCUGUUAGAGCACCUCGGCACUCUCACUCAUCUCUCUACCUGCAGCUGUACAGUUAAACUUCAAAUCCUAUUAGAACACCAGUCAGCUCAGACAGGUUAAUGUUCCUUACUAAAGUGCAUGGCUGAUGUUCCUCUCUCUUCCUCUCUUUCCCCUCUCCCUCCCUCCCUCUUUCUUUCUGUCGUCUCCCCUCCCCCUCCCUCUUUCUUUCUGUCAUCUCCCCUCCCUCCCUCUUUCUUUCUGUCAUCUCCCCUCCCUCCCUCUCUCUAAUUGUAUCUCUCUCUCUCUCUCUCUCUCUCUCUCUCUCUCUCUCUCUCUCUCUCUCUCUCUCUCCCUCUCUCUCUCUCUCUCUCUCUCUCUCUCCCUCUCUCUCUCCCUCCCCACUCUAUAAUUGUAUCUCUCUCACUCUCACUCUCUCUCACCCCCCCCCCCCCCCCCCCCCCCCCCCCCCCAUCAGUUGGACAGGUGAAGUUUGACCCUCCGCUGAGGAAGGAGACAGAGCCCCAUCAUGAGCCGGUGAGUAACCUGGUACUGCAGUGUCCCCCUGAUACCACUGUGGCUGAACCCUGUGUGUAGGGGACAGUGCCUUAACAGGGGAAACCCCCAUUGACAGGCCCCCUUAGUUGAGACUCUGCUGCAGUUUAAAUCACAGUCACAAUUCCUGCAUAUCUCAUGUCAUCCAUAUGAUCUAUCUCCCAGUGUAGCAUAUUUCUUGACUUUGUCUCCUAAAUUUGUCUGAAUGCGACUCACUCUGGUACUAACCUGCACCCCUGGCUGAUGUUUCAGCAUGGCCACCCCGCUUCUCUCCCCCCACUCUCAUCCCUCACUCCCUACCUCUCUUACCCAUCCUCCUCUCCCAUGCUUUAAUCCCUUUCUCUGAUUGGAUGGCAUUAACUUUUAAUUAACGAGUCUUUCUCAUUCUGCCUGCUGAACAGCCCGACUCUGACCCUUUUUUGGACUGUGCAGAAGAGCUGUACUACACUGCGAGAUCUAAUCUGGUAUUUUCCCACAACUCUCCAUUUCUUCUUCUGGGUCGUCUCUCUGCUUCUUAACGCUUAACCGUCCUCUUUCAGUUCGCCUUUCAUGUCUCUUUCGUGGUUCUUUUCAGUGACUACGUUUAUUGGAUGUCAGUAACUGUUUGUGCAUUUGCAUCUGUGAAGCUGUCUUCGCCUCAUUGGCCGGUGUUGUUUUCAUUGUUAUUCCUGUCUUAUGUUGUUUUUACUGCAUGGCCUUUGGAGGGAUUUAGGGACAGGGAUAUCUCUGUAUAGCAUAUGGGUGGAUGAACCUCUUCUUGGGGAAAACCUGUGUGACUGACUUGGACCCCUGAGGCCAUGGCCUAUUAGAGCAGGAACAGAUCAAGCCCUAAGCUGCCAUUACCGGUCCCCCCCUUUCUCCUUCUGCCCAAAUAUUAUCACUGACUCAGACGACUGACUCUAGUCACAGUUAAACUUAGACCUCUUAUUCCUUUGUCUCAUAUACAUACUGGGGAAUGUAUUGAUGUGAUGUGAGGCAGCAGGAUAUGGCAGUUUUUCAGCAUAAGUAAGAAUAUGUUAGCCGAGCUCUCUUUGGCUCAAUGUAGUAUGGAUAUGUCAGUUUGCGGUGUGUUGGCCUAUAGGAGUCAGGGUCUGUCACUUGGCUGUGAAGGGUGAAUAGGGGUAUCUAUAUCCUCGCUGGAAAAUCAAUAUGUCCACUGAGCUGAUGGACCCGCAGUGUCAGCCAAUGACACUGUUCAGUAAAGUCAGUCGCAUUGCUGCAGUGCGCACACACACACACACACACACACACACACACCAUAAAAUCCACCCAUACCUUUGCAACUAGUUCGUCUGAGAUACUUCUGUAUGGCCACUUGCACUACUACACCUUCACAUAGUGUUUAUGUUUUCCAUUCAUAUCAUUCACAUGGCAUAUUCAUCUAGUCAUGGACGGCAUGUAGCCUAGCGGUUAGAGCGUUGGGCUAGUAACUGGCUCCAGGGUUGCCAUUAAAAAUGGCAGACCUUGGCCGCCAUUCUCCGAGGGUGUCUCAGGGAGAGUUGAGAUAUGCAAAAAAAACAUUUACAAUUCACAUAUGCGUACACUUGUACAAUAGGACAGAAAUAGGAGAAAUAUAAGCACUCACCAAAUUAUCAUUAAUCUAUUUGUUACAGAUCCAUAAUGCAUAAUGCUGUCAUAUCCUCUGACUUUUAUCACACAUGCACAUUAGAAACAUCUAUUGUAAAUCGAAGUAGUGUUUCUCUAAGCAGCAUCAGUGGUGACCUGUAGUGUCCUCGGCUCUCUGUGGGCGCUGUCUGCCAGCCCCAAGGUUGUUAUUCUCACGUAGUCAAGGUCCUGUAUGACCUGUUCAUGAGUGUUAUCAAUGUGACCUGGGAGUCAUUGAGGUUACACCACUCUCUGCCUUCUCUCUCCACAGAAUCUCUAAGUGUUUUCUGGUGUUUUUAGGUGUGGUGUGUAUGUGUGUCUCAGCUGUAAUAUAGUAGAUGCCGUACUGUAGGUAACCUCAGCCAUGGUGCCUUUCCACAUUGAGUGUGUGUCAUUGUGUUUCAGAAACAAUCAUGUAAUUUUGAUGUGUGUCUCUCUAGGAUCUUCAACUGGAGUAUGGACAGGAAUCUCCAAGCCUAAUGGGAGGAAACAAGUAAGUCACUUAUUCUGGGUUUAUACUUCUGAUCCUCCCUCUCUCCGCCUUUCCUCCCCCUCCUCUAUUCUUCCUCCCCCUUCCCUAUGCUUUAUCAUCUUUAUUCCCUAUCUCCCCUCUCUACAUCUCCUCCCGUUGUCUCUACAGCUCUCCUCUCUUCUUCUCUCAAAUCUCCUUGCCUCCCCACUCUCUCCUCUCUUCUUCACAUUCUAUUUUCCUCACCUCCCCCGCUCUCCCUUCCUCCGGCCUUGGCCUCCCCCUCCCCCUCUCCUCUCCUCCUGUCUUAUCUGUAUAAAGGGAUUAGCCCGAGCAGAUGGUGGUGUGGUACUGAGACGUGGCUUCCUGUCAAGAGAAAGGCGUCUGAUCAUUUAUUCAUGACACCUUUCUUGGAACGCAGCUCAGCUCAGAAGAAGUGCGCUGUAAGCACUUUGUGUGAAAUGACAGAGACAAAACUCGCUGCUGCUUAAACCAUGUGUGUUUAGAAUGAUCUGCUCCAUAAGCAGGAUGCGGUGGAAUGAUAGAUGGUUUGUUUUCAUAAGAGUGUAUGGAAUAAAUCAGGUGAGAGGAUAUUGAGAAGCCACUCAAUACACCUGUCAGAUUUGAGGCACUCUUAAUCUUACUUACUUUGAUCCCUGAACAAUUUAUGUCCACAUUCCUUCACCCUUCUCUCACUGGACAGCCUCAUAGGGUUUAUAUUCUCCAUUUCUCUGUCAUUCACGCCCACCUGCAUACACAAACACAGUUGUAUACACACAGCUGACCUGACAGCUUCACACAUCCCAGGUGAGUGUACAGCUUUGAGUAGCUAAGGUCAAUGUUGGAUGGGUUGUGAUAUCCGCUCGGCUGGGAUGAAACUCACGUACUCUCACACACGCCAACACGCUGAAUGUAUCUUCUGUGGUUUCCAUGUGUUUUUGUCCUGUAGCAUUAAAGAAUGUCAUGUUAACUUAGGUCAGAACCCCCCUCUGAGAAAUACCGCCUUUACUCAUGUCAUGUGCGAUUCUGCCGCUGAGUUAUUUUAUUUCUCCUCUCUUCUUCACUACUCCCUUGUUCAUUUCACUCCUUAUCUGACAGGAGUCUUCUCAAAUCAGUGGAGGAGGAGCUUAAGCAGAGGUGAGUUAGGCCAUGCCCUUCAGGGCUCCACCGGCAACUGCUCUGGUUUUUGAUUCGCUGACGCGCCCUAACCGUGCCCCCACCCCAUCAGCCAAUCAGUGUUAACGCAGGACUAAUCCAGCCAAUCAGUGUCACGCAAAACUAAUCUGCUCUGACUGCUGCAGUUAUGGUUUGACUCGGCUUUGUUUUGUCCAUUGCUGUUCAAUGCUUACAAACAGGACCGGCUAUGCUGUGUGAUCACCAGACACAGUGCACUUCGACAAAGCAUGGCUUAUACACUGACUUAAUCACUUAGUCUAAGCCUUAUCUAGUUACGCAGUCUAUAGUGAAAUCACCCAGCCCUAUAAGUAAGAUGAGUAAAAUUAGCGAAAUAUAGCAUUUAGGUUUAGUUAGCCCUAUUCCUAUUACGUUUAUUUCUAUAGCCAUGUAGUUCUUUCAACUCUACCUUUAUGUAGUUUGUGUUGUUAUUUUGUUCUGCUAGUAAUGUAGUUGAGGUAAUUUCCCCCAGUGUCUCCUCUCCCAGUGGGUAAAAGAAGAGAGCAGCUCUGACUUUCCCUCUUUGCCUUGCUGUGUGUCCCACUGAGCCGCUGCCCCCCCCCCCCCCCCCCCACCCGCACCAAUCUAUCUCCAUCUCCUCAGGGGUCAUAUGGCACAUUUAGAGACCGAUGAGGAUGAUGAUGGUGAUGAAACUCAACAGUAAGUCCUUCUCGUGUUCUAGUCUAGCCGCCCUCUCUGAGGAGUAGGGGGGAGGAGGAAGGCUACCUCCAGUUUCAUUCACGCAUCUUCAUGCCGCAUGCCGCACCAUCACACCGUGCUGUGCCUUAAGUGCCCUCCUGUUCUCCCUCCCUUACCAAAGACCCUGUCUCCGUCUUUCUCUGCGCCUCCGGUAGCCCUGCUUCCUCCCACAGAUGACUUUGAGCUUUGGACUCAGACAUGGGUCUUGUUCAUUAGCUACAUUAAGCAGAACUAUGUUAAAGGUUCUGAUGCAUUUCAGGUUGUUUCCCCUAAGCAGUCUGGCUAACUGUGCUCCCAUUUGCUUACAUCUGUGAGAUGAUGAACCGUUGUCAUGUUUGGGUUCAAUGCUCACCAUCUGUGCAUCGCCGUGACCCCUGAGCCCUGCCCCCUGCCAUUCCUUAUCUGUUUCUUGAUGUGUGUUCAUCAUUCUGUGCCACCUGCUUACAUGCUUGCUGAUCUCAGUGUGUGUUCAUACCGCCUGUUUGCCAUCUGCUCCCGAUGUGUGGUUCUCUCUGCUUGUAUCCACACCCCUCUGUCGCCAUGGUUGUCUUGGGGUCCGUCCAACCCUCUUGGUUUAACCCUUUCCACCUGUUUAACCCUAGUGCCACUCUGAGGUUUGUGUUCUCUCAUGGUGACUUGAACUUGUGACUCCAUUUGAUUGGUGCCAUGUCUAUGUCCGUCAUGAUUGAGGGGUUGAUAGUGGUUACUGAUUGGAUCAUACUGUACAUACACAUCACAUUGGGCCUUCUGGAUAUCCUGUUCAAGGGAAUGCUAACAUUUUGUGUCAGUUGUCCUGUCAGUUGUGGUGUUUUCGGUGGUUGACGGACGCCUUUUGUUGUCAUGUCCAACACUUGUCUGUUGUCUAACACUGUGUUGUGUGAUAUUAGACACUCCUGGGUUUGUAGUAGUCGUCUGUCACUGUUUGUCACUCUGCAAUGUGACACUGUGUUAACACUUUUUUGGAAAAUAUGUUUUGUAACUGUCUAUGUGGAACCUUGCCACUGUCUAACAAACCUAACCCACCUCAAUCUCUCCCUCAAGCAAACACAGCACCAUCAUGAGGCCGAAAGUCCCACCCCCACUGCCCCCCAAGGUAGGACCACUAGCAUAUUAUCAUACUGCAGCGUUUUGGAUCACAAUCAAACAGAGACUACUAUUUAGUGGAAAGGACCCUCAAGCAAAAUUCAGAGUUGCAAACACCAAUAUUUUCUCUCAAAGCUAAUUUAAACUAUUGAUAUUAAAUGUUUUAUUUGUAAGAUGGGAAACAGAGGUUGACAAAAGAGUAAUAAUAGGGCAAGCAUUAAUCAACCUCUAGAGAUUGUUGUCAACCUUUUGUCUGUUUUUCUCUCUGUCUGUCUGUCUGUCUCUCUCUCUCUCUCUCUCUCUCUCUCUCUCUCUCUCUCUCUGUGUCUCUCUCUCUCCAUUUUCUCUCCCUCCCUCCAGCCCAAGUCCAUCUGUCUGCCCCAGGAGAGCCCGUCCCAGGGAGAGGAUGAUGGAGGGGGGACCAUCAAGCGCUGCCCCGUACCUGAGAGCCCUGCCCGACCCACCUCCUCAAACGUACCCCCACGCCCUCCACCCCCACGCCUGCCCCCCCACAGACGCAGUAGCCUAGGUAACGAGAGCACACAGAGCCAGGCUGGCUCAGAGCCUGAGGGGAAUGAUGAUGGGAGCUUUAGGCAUUUCUGGGAGUGGCUUCAUGCCCCGCACACAGAAGAGGAGUUGGAAGAGGUGUUGGAUGGGUUGGAGGAGGAUGAUGAUGAGGAAGAGGAGGAUGAGAGUAAGGCCGGCCGAUUGGUAGCCCCAUAGCCUAUCACCCUUCCCUGAUUGGUUGUUAGUCCCAUCAAUCAGCGUCCGUAGUCUCGCGCCACCUCCCCAUCCGUCCUUCCCUUCCUCCUUUCUUCUGUCCAUCUGUGGAUGUACAUAGUGCAGUGUUGUUGCUGCAGCCAUGUGACCCUGUCUGUUACCAAACGCCUGCCUCCUUCUCCCAUUGUUGAUAUCACAUGUUCACAUGAAGCAAUCAAAAUGUAAUCGAACUCUGAAUGUAAUCAAGCAUUGGGAAUGUGAUGCACCAUUCUCAGUCAGUGUGUUCGCAUGGUCAAAUCAUUUAGUUUGAUUACUGUUGUAAUCCUAUCAAAACAUAUUCCAUUAUUGAUUAGUAGUGAUUAGAUUUGAGCAUAUACUGUAUGUGUGUACAUCUGUCAGUAGAACACUUACACUAUUGAUCUACUGUAUGUCUAGAACUCUCACGCACAUACACACAGUAGAACACAACACACACACACACACAGGCAUGCACACACUCACCAAGAUAUGUGUAAUAAACAUGUUUCCCGCUGCAGGUAAUGGAUUGAGCUCUCACCAGAAUGGAGAGAAGGACAGUGCUACUGAGAGGCAGUCCACCAUGCCCCCUAGUGUCCCCAUACGGAAAGACAAGAAGGACAUUACGGUAAUGCCACCUGAUCCCGCACACUCACCUUAUUAACAGUGACAUUUCAAUACAUUCCCUUUUCUUUCACACUACGGCAUCACCACACGGAUCAUUAUUAAAGCUAUUCAUCAGUGACCAUUCAUCUAAAACGAAUGUAGUCCAGUGAUCAUCGACCUUAUCUGUCUCUCUCUGUAUGUAUCUCCCUCUCUUUUCAGAAGCCUAUCAGUAAUGGCCUCCCACCCACACCUAAGGUCCAUGUGAGUAUGAUGCCUCCUUCUCUACAGACACACCAUGAACUUACUGAAACAUUAUGAACCAAAGUCAAAUAGGGGUUGCCCCCUAAAAUUAAGCUUUCAAGACGAGAGCUUUGAAGAAAAAUGACUAUUGUGUUUGGCUUCCCUCCAACUUUCCAACCUCCAUUCUCCUUGCUACUUAGAUGGGGGCCUGUUUCUCCAAGGUGUUCAACGGCUGCCCGUUGAAAAUCCACUGUGCCACGUCCUGGAUCAACCCAGACACCAGAGGUAGGAAACUGGGAAAACAACGUAGUUUCACUUUUUACAUCUUUAUUAUCAUGACUUAUUACAUUAAUCGUUGCCAUUAAGAUUAUUUGGAUUAACAUGACUAAUAGGCUCUUUCUUUUGUCUUUGUUUCAGACCAAUAUUUGAUAUUUGGUGCCGAGGAGGGAAUCUACACUUUAAACCUGAAUGAACUGCAUGAGACGUCAAUGGAGCAGGUUUGUUCUGGUUGAAGUAGCAUCUGGUUCACAAGGUUUUAUUUCUUCAGUGGAGGAUUCUGAAUGUUGUUAUCAAAUCUUCAACGGCUCUCUCCAUCCCCUUCUGUCCCCAGCUCUUUCCCCGGCGAUGCACUUGGCUUUAUGUUAUGAACAACUGCCUGCUCUCUAUAUCUGGUAAGACUAUCUUGGACCUGUAGUGUCUUACCUUGCUGUUUGUUCUGUAUCUAGUAAUGGUUUUGCAGUAUUUGACGUUUCUCUGCCAAAAAGGUUAACAUUGAAGAGAGGUACUUACCUUUAAAACCUUGUCUCUGGAAAAUUUGGAGGCAGGAAUUUCUGUUUAAAAGAUGUCUGCCCUUUCUGAAAAUAUAAUCUUACCAUGUGAAGUGUGUUUUGGAGGCAGACCUUUUCCCUUUUAUUUUCUGUGUCAUAAAUUACCCUUUAAAGGUUUAGAAGUCUAGCUGAGAAUAUUAUUUUGAUAUUGCUUUCAGGAAAAGCCUCCCAGCUCUACUCUCAUAACUUAGCUGGUCUAUUUGAGCAUGCCCGGCAAAUGCAGAAGUUACCCAUGGCCAUUCCCACACACAAACUCCCAGACAAAAUGAUUCCAAGGUAUGAUAUCUGAGGCCUUUUCAUUCAUUUGGGUUUGAACUUGGGGGUGGGGGUUUAGGGGAUACAUAGAAAACUGAUUUCUUGUUCCUUAUGAUCCUUAUAGAAAGUUUGCCAUAUCCAAUAAGAUUCCAGACACAAAAGGGUGCCAAAAGUGCUGCGUAGGUGAGUGCUCAUGAGCGUGGAUCACCCAUACGAAAAUGUAUGCACACACUACUGUAAGUUACUUUGGAUGAAAGCGUCUGCUAAAUGUAUUAUCAACUGCUGCAUGGCAUCAUUCUUGACUUACGGUACAACUGAAUAAGAGAAGUUGAGGAUAGUUCUGAAUAAUGCACAAGACAUCAUAUUGAUAGAAUAUAGUUCAGAGAAAGAUUGUGAGAGACCUUGAAUGUGUUUGUUCGUGUGCAGUGAGGAAUCCAUACACGGGUCACAAGUACCUGUGUGGAGCGUUCCAGUCCAGUGUGGUUCUGCUGGAGUGGGUGGAGCCCAUGCAGAAGUUCAUGCUUAUCAAGGUAAAUCAGUGUUUGGGUCAGUUCAGGUCAUUCUGGGGCGAACAGACGAUUACUAGCCCACGCUGAAAGGGGUUAGAAUGGGACCUAUCUUGUUUGGAUCAACUUAACACAGUCCUGUUUAGAAAGCUCAUUCGAUUAGCUACAGUAGCAUGCUAACGUUGCUUGUCUCUAACAGGGUUCAAAUUAUUCAUGUCAUUACAUAAUAAUGUGUAAUUUCUUGUGUAACAGGAUGCUUAAUCUAUCUCAUCUGGUCUCUCCCGUAGAACAUCGACUUCCCCCUGCCCUGUCCUCUGGAGGUGUUUGAGAUGCUGGUGGUGCCGGAUCAGCAGUACCCGCUCAUCUGUGUGGCCGUCAGCAAGGGCACCGAGCUCAGCCAAGUGGUCCGCUUCGGCACGGUCAACCCCAACUCAACCUCCUCCUGGUUCACAGAGGCCGGUCAGUGGAACGUGGUCACAACGACGAUGAUGAUGAUGAUGAUGAUGAUGAUUGAUCCUGAUGAUGAGUUGUUUUUCUGUCCACUCAGAUACGCCCCAGACUUGUGUCAUCCACGUCACCCAGUUGGAGAGGGACACCAUCUUAGUUUGUCUGGACAGUAUGUUUUACCUCCCACCAUCCACUGAACUAACCCAAAUAAUAAUUGUAUUCUCAAUCAAAGGAGAAAUUCCAGCUUGUGCAUAUGUUACUGCAACCAUUAUGCAGACCAUUAACUAUUUUCUGUGAUCAGGGUGUAUAAAGAUAGUGAACCUACAGGGAAGGUUGAAGUCAAGCAGGAAGUUGUCUGCUGAGCUGACGUUUAACUUCCAGAUUGAGGCGAUAGGUACGUUUUCAUAACCACGGCAUUCACACUUCUACCCAGCCCAAAGAAACCAAAGACAGGGUUCUUAUUUUUAUAUAAUUCUUUAUUUUUUAUUAUUAUUUUUUAUUUUUUAUUUCAAAGACAGGGUUCUGUUGUGCUAAAGUUGGAUAUUUCCAUCUAAUGUGUAUAGAUCUCUAUGCAGAAAGAUAAUUCGAUAUCCUGAGAAUGUUUUUCCCGUGAAGCAUUUAUCUCAGCUCCUAUCUGUGCUUUUUAUGGUUCAGUGUAACACCCACAUGUCUUUGCAGUGUGUCUCCAAGAUAGCGUUCUGGCAUUUUGGAGGCAUGGUAUGCAAGGGCGGAGUUUCAAGACCAAUGAGGUAAGCUGAGGACGUGUAGGUGUGUGUAUGUCUGAAAGGAGUUGUCUGUUUCUUUGUGUACACUGAGGGUAAAAUAAAUGCCCUGUCCCAUCCCGGUCCUGUUUAUAACUAAAAACCAUUUCAUUCUGUUGUAUGUGUUUGAAAAUGAUCUAAAGUGUUCCUUUGUCUGUCUACACCCCAGAUCACCCAGGAGAUCUCUGAUAACACACGGAUCUUCAGACUGCUGGGAUCUGACAGGUGAGUAAGGGGGUCUAUGAUGCUCAAGGUCACCUUAUCUGACACACCUGUCUCAAGACAUACUUACACACACUCACAUACUUUGACCCCUUUCAUUUUUACGCUGGCAAUGAUAUUUUAAAUAUAUAUUUGACUUUUAGCUGUUUCACUUUUACACUGUCAAUAAUAUUAACAUGGAUGUCGUCGUGAUGCCCAGUUUGUUUUUUAAUGGUCUACUGCAGUAGUAUAUAAUCCUGAUUGCCUGAAGUCUUUGUGGUUAGUUGUUGGUUGUGUUAGUUGUUGGUUUUAUGCAUGCUUGCUUGUCUCUUAAUGGCUUGUUUGAUUUUGUGAAUGAAGAAACUCUCAGCACGACAGUUCAGGGCAGGAGGGAGCCGCCAAUCUGCCCAGGUAUACUCACUGCUCCCUGGGUCACUCCAGGCCUCGCCUAGCUUACAGGCUUUCUGAUCUAUGGAUGUCCCCUGUGGGGACCCUGGAUUUCAUCCCAUCUGUAUGAGUGUGUGUAUGAGUGUGUGUGUGAGAGUGUGGGUGCGUCCUGGGACUCUAAUGCUCCUAUUUUGUAUCCCACCCAUUGGUUUGGUGUUUAUGAUGCCAUCUUCUUGUUUUUAAGACAUUUGGUAAACACACUUUAAAGUCCAAUUGUCCACUGUUUCCAGAAUUUAUUAAAUAUUACCUAUAAUUCAUUAAAAUAUGAGUGAAAUAGUUUUCCUUCCCAAAAAAUUGUCAUUAAGUAUGUUAAAAAGCAGUUUUUCUGUGAUUUGAAUGGUGUGGGCGUAUACCGGUCGUUAAAAAUAUAGGCCUCCCGAGUGGCGCAGUGUUCUAAGGCACUGCAUCGCAGUGUUAGCUGUGCCACUAGAGAUCCUGUUUCGAGUCCAGGCUCUGUCGCAGCCGGCCGCGACCGGGAGACCCAUGGGGCGGCGCACAAUUGGCCUAGCGUCGUCCAGGUUAGGGGAGGGUUUGGCUGGCAGGGAUGUUCUUGUCCCAUCACGCACUAGCGACUCCUGUGGCGGUCUGGGCAUUGUGUCAAGAAGCAGUGCGGCUUGGUUGGGUUGUGUUUUGGAGGACGCAUGGCUCUCGACCUUCGCCUCUCCCGAGUCCGUACGGGAGUUGCAGCGAUGGGACAAGAAUGUAACUACCAAUUGGAUACCACGAAAUUGGGGAGAAAAAAAUAUAGAUAUUAAUGCGAGUAUACCACUGAUUUGCCAGCUCAUCCUCAAUGAGGAAAUAGCAAGCAUUUUUUUAGUGUUUUUUUCCCUCCAAGUUAUGCUUCUGCAAUAUUAAAGCUGAUCUACCCCCUAAUAAAGAAUACAAAAGUUAUGCUUUGGCAACAAAUUAGUAUAGGAUUAUUCAACAACAUUUUGUUGGGUAUGAGUUAACAGAAUAUUAACUUUUAAAAGUUAGAUUUUCACUGGACAGUUACUUUAACACAUCUCCCUCGAUGUUGCCCCCUGCUGGAUUACUCUGGUAACACCUCCUACUGCGAAUAAACCUAUGAUCGAGGAAAGGGUACUCUGGUGGCCAGUGCAUGGAAGUGUCAGGGUUUCUUUUUUUUCUUUUAUUUAGCCUUUAUUAAACUAGGCAAGUCAGUUAAGAACAAAUUCUUAUUUUACAAUGUCGGCCUACCCCGGCCAAACCCUCCACUAACCCGGACGACGCUGGGCCAAUUGUGUGCCGCCCUAUGGGACUCCAGAUCACAGCCAGUUGUGAAAUAGCCCGGGAUCGAACCAGGGUCUGUAGUGACGCCUCUAGCACUGAGAUGCAGUGCCUUAGACCGCUGCGCCACUCGGGAGCCCUAAUUCAUAUUCAUAGAGUUGGAAUGGAUGCUUGGCAAGCUUACUGUUUUCUUGGGUCAGUCAACUACUUUGUUUCAGCACUUUGACCUUCUUAACACAUAUGGAAUUUGUCAAUAGGCUUGAGUAGGCUAUUGGUAGGAUUUGGGAUGGUGUCUGUUGGUGUGUGAAAAUGUGUUUUCUGUUUGUGAGGCUUACAUUCGUAAUCCUCCUGGUCCCCUCUGGGACAUAUACUAGCACAGUGUGAGUCUGAACUGAACCUGGCCUUGUGUGUUUCAGAGUGGUGGUGUUGGAAAGCAGGCCGACAGACAACCCCACAGCAGCCAGCAACCUCUACAUCCUGGCUGGACACGAGAACAGCUACUGAUCACAUCCUGGGAUCACAAGUCACUACAGACAGACAGACUACUGCUUUAGCUUCCCAGAAGACUGAUCCUUCGAGGGUCAGCGUCCAACUUGCCUCUUACUUCCUUUAACACCUUUAUUUAUUGUGGCAUGUAACAAAGACCCGGAUGACUUCUCUAUGAUUUCAUUUUAAAACGAAGUGUUGCCAUCACUGCAUCUUAACCCACACCACACAAGUGCUUAAUUGACCUCUAUUUAAUUGUAAAUAUAAAUGUAGUAUUUUUUCGCAGAAAGGGAACCUGGCUACUCCGGGGUUGUACACUAAAGACUGGUCAUGUAGAUACGUGUGCAUAGGUGUUCUGUACCGGUAUGGAGACUGUAAAGAUUUAAAGGGGUGGUUCAGGGGGUCAGUCUGAGCACUAAAAAGGACUUCCUGUUCUCUGAUCAUUAAAAAUGACUUCCUGUUCUCUGAUCAUGUGAUGAGGGACAGGAUUUUAACCCCUCUCUGAGGUUUGGCUAAGUGUGAGCAACAAGGAAGUACCACUUACUGGUAAUGUCAUUCUGCACGCAUCGUCAUCCCAAAUGUGGGAACUCCCUUUAUAGUUUGCUUUGAGAAAUAUCUAAUGGGAGAUCAACAGUUUAAUUCUUAGCUUCCAUUUUUAACUCUGAGAUGAACAUUUCAAACUGUUUUAAUUGCAGGCUUACCUCCCAGCUUAGUUGUAUGCUUUUUUUAAUACUGUGGAAUCACUGGUGUUAAAAUUUGCACAAAAAGGUAUUUGAAAAGAAAUGUGAUGUUGUAUGUAACUGUGUAUGUGCGUGUAAACUUUAAGUAUACAUACAUAUGUUCUCACAAGCUGUGACACAGGGGUUGCAUUAGGAUAUGUAUAAUUAUUAUAGAACACUCACUGAACAUUACUGAAAUACUAUAAUGAGACCGUGGAGGGAGAAAUGUCAAAGGUCAAACACUUAAACAGGCUCCAGCGGUACUGUUUUAAUCACCACAGUUUCAUCAUGUAAUUCUCAAUGAUAAUAUCGAUCAUAUACACUAUAGUCAAAUGGAGAAAACAAAACAUUCCUUAAUGUAGGGCUCAGUGAAGAUGUAAAAAUAAUAUAAAUGUUACAUUUUUUUAUGUAAUGCCAAAAUGUGUUCUCGAUUUAUGGCCAAAAUUAGUACAGUGUCUCUACCUCGUGCAAUGUUAGGAAAAAAAAAAAGAAACGAGUUGUGUAGAAGAAGAAAAAUAAGUAAAAACACUACAGGAUUCAUGUUGGUUUUAAUUUACACAGUAAAAAUGUGUACAAACUAACUCUUCCUUUCUGCCGCAUUACCAUUUUCAUAUUGCAAUGCACAUUAUAUGUAUAUAGUGUAAAAUAAAAUCUGUUGGUUUUACAUACUGUAUAAUUGCCUAUAUUUUGUUUCAAAUGUGUAACAGAUUUAUGAAACAAGUUAACGCAUUAAAAGAAGGAACUGGAGACUAUUGUGUCUGUUUGUCGUAGAGAAAUAUUGAUGGAAAUGCAAAAUAAAUGUUGAAUAUGUUUCGCAUUGUAUGGUUUGCAAGCUUGGUCAAUAAGUGAAACAUUUUUCAGAAGGAAGAACUGCUAGGCAGGCAAUCUAAUUUGUGUGAUCGUUUUCAGACAUUCUUGUUUGGUUAUGAUGUGGUAUAACAAGUAUUGAUUACAACGUGGACUUGUCUUGAUUGUCACAAUUUCAUUUAUUUACAAAAAAUAAUUCCACAUUAAAAAUGAACAUUCUUCUAUUUUGAUUUGGGGGAUCGAGAUUUUUUCCAAUGAUCAUCUUGAUGGCACUUUUUUUUUUUCUUUACCUAC